GGGCGAUUUCCCGCUGCGCUGAGAGCCUGAAAGGGAGCCAAUCGGGCAGUCGCAGCUGCUGCCAAUCACGCUGCUCCCUCCAAUCCCACCCGUGCCAUUUCCAAAAUCUCGGUCCCACUGUGCAACUCAAAUGUGGUGUACGCUCUGCCAAUCGCUGGAGGACAGAGUGGGAGCAGGAAUAAGCAGAGUUAGGAGGGGAGGACAAAAGUUAAAGAGCGCCUAAUAUAUACAUGUUUUUGAAGGCGGAUAGAGGAAAAAAAGUCCUCCCAGUGAGGGUCUAUGAGCCUGAUUAUGUAGUUCUGAUGGAGCCCCCUUUGAGCAAGAAGAACCCGUCAGAGCUGAGAUUAGUGGAUUUGGCAACGGCUAAAGGCCAGCCGCUUCAGAAUAUGACAGGCUUCCCGGCGCUGGCGAGCCCGCCCGCCCACUCCCAACUCCACUGCUCCGCAGCGCACCUCCACCCGCAGGACCCGGGGGCUGACCCCGGUGUGGCCGUCUCUCCGCUCGGACCUGAGCACAUGGCCCUGGCGAGUGCUCUCAGCCUCAGCCUUCCCUCCCAGGCGCUCUCAGCGCAGCGCGAGGCCCCGGGUGCCGCCGCCAGCGCUUCAGCCGCCGUUGUACACUCCGGCGCCAGCAUCUACCCCGACAGCGGGGGCAGCAGCGGCGUCCAGCCCUCGGCGCCCCCGCCCCCAGCCCCUCCUCUUCCUCCCUCCCCUUCCCCCCCUCCUCUUGCCCUCUCGGGCUACACCACCACCAACAGUGGCGGCGGCGGCAACAGCGGCAAAGGCCACAGCAGGGACUUCGUCCUCCGGAGGGACCUUUCCGCUACGGCCCCCGCGGCGGCCAUGCACGGGGCCCCGCUCGGAGGGGAGCAGCGGUCCGGCACCGACUCCCCCCAGCACCCGGCCCCGCCUCCCCAUUCUGCCAGCAUGUUCAUCUCCGCCAGCGGCACCUACGCAGCCCAGGACGGCGGAGGCAGCGGGGGCCCGACGCUUUUCCCUGCACUACACGACACUCCGGGGGCCCCUGGAGGCCACCCGCACCCGCUCAACGGCCAGAUGCGUCUCGGGUUAGCGGCUGCAGCGGCAGCCGCGGCAGCCGAACUGUACACCCGUACCGAGCCGCCCUUCGCGCCGCGUUCAGGAGACUCGCACUAUGGGGCGGUGGCAGCCGCUGCCGCUGCUGCCGCGCUACAUGGUUACGGAGCCGUGAACUUAAACCUGAACCUGGCAGCGGCGGCGGCGGCAGCCGCAGCAGCUGCUGGACCGGGGCCCCACCUGCAACACCAUGCGCCGCCUCCGGCGCCGCCGCCGCCGUCCGCUCAGCACCCGCACCAGCACCACCCCCACCUCCCAGGGGCGGCCGGGGCCUUCCUGCGAUAUAUGCGGCAGCCAAUCAAGCAGGAGCUCAUCUGCAAGUGGAUCGACCCGGACGAGCUGACCGGGCCGCCGCAGCCACCGCUACCGCCACCGCCCCCGGCCGGCAGCGCCAAGCCCUGCUCCAAAACUUUCGGCACCAUGCACGAGCUGGUGAACCACGUCACGGUGGAGCACGUGGGCGGCCCGGAGCAGAGCAGCCAUGUCUGCUUCUGGGAGGAUUGCCCACGCGAAGGCAAACCCUUCAAAGCCAAAUACAAGCUCAUCAACCACAUUCGUGUACACACCGGCGAGAAGCCUUUCCCCUGCCCCUUCCCGGGCUGCGGCAAGGUGUUCGCGCGCUCUGAGAACCUCAAGAUCCACAAGCGCACUCAUACAGGGGAAAAGCCUUUCAAAUGUGAAUUUGAUGGCUGUGACAGGAAAUUUGCCAACAGUAGUGAUCGAAAGAAACAUUCCCAUGUUCACACCAGUGACAAACCCUACUACUGCAAGAUUCGAGGCUGUGACAAAUCUUACACUCACCCGAGCUCUCUGAGGAAGCACAUGAAAAUUCACUGCAAGUCUCCACCACCUUCUCCAGGAACUCUAGGUUACUCAUCAGUGGGGACUUCGUUGGGUGCCCCCUUGUCCCCUGUGCUGGAACCAAACAGGAGUCGAUCCAGCACUUUAUCCCCUCAGGUUACCAACCUCAAUGAGUGGUAUGUUUGCCAGGCCAGUGGGGCUCCCAGUCACCUUCAUACACCCUCCAGCAAUGGAACCACCUCUGAGUCUGAAGAUGAGGAAAUUUAUGGGAACUCUGAAGUUGUGAGGACUAUACAUUAAGAAUUUAUUCAUAAUAAUAAAUUGGAGUCAAUAUCCUGGCUUAAAACAAUGCCUCGCUUGUGAUAAACCCUGACUCAGAGUUGCCACCAAGUCUAAUUAGCUCUAUUUAUUAUGGUGUUUGUACAUUUAAUUAAUUUAAUUAAG